AUGGAACCUUUGAGCUCCACUGAAGCGCCAAGCAGGCCCAUGGACGUCGUCACCGCGCCGAAUCAGGCGGAUCCGAGAGCGUACCCGUUCGCUCCUGCUGACUUAGUCGUUGAAAUACUCGAUCUUGUCCAGCAAGCGAGCCAUUAUAAGCAGAUCAAAAAGGGUCUGAACGAGGUGCUCAAGUCGAUGAAUCGCGGUCUGGCAGAGUUUGUUGUUCUCGCGGCUGAUACGCAACCUUUGGAGAUACUGCUCUCAGCGCCGCUCGUUGCAGAGGAUAAAGCGGUACCGUAUGUAUUCGUUCCCUCGAAAGCCGCGCUGGGACGUGCAUGCGGCGUUUCCCGUCCAGUGAUCGCCUGUGCGGUUCUACGGGCGGAUAUGAGUCAACUGCGGAACCAGAUCACCGCGCUUCGAACAAAGAUCGAACAGCUUCUGCUCUGA